AUGAGUUAUUCAAUUACUUUUGACUGCCUUAAUUCAAUGAAGAAACCUGCUGAAUAUUCUAUAGCAGCUUCUAUUAAUUCCCUUUGUUAUAUUCAUGAAAAAUUGCAAUGGAGUCAUAAAGGAAAACAUAAUAUUUCAAAAUGUGGUGCAUGUAUGACUUUAAUUGGACCUUCAAACACACCAUUUCAAUGUACUGUUGCUGGUUUUUUUAGUAUGACUUCAGAGAUUGUUGAUGAAGAUAUAUUUGAGAACGUGAUUCUUUUAGACGAAAAUUUUUAUUUUAAGAUAGGAAAUAGAUUUAAUUCUUCUGCUGAUAUAUUCGUUCAAGUUACAGCAUAUAGUGGGGAUUGUAAUUAUCAUCAAUUUGCAUCACUCUAUCUUCUACCUACCAAUGAAGAAACUACUAAGUUUAUGGUUUUAAACUCUAAUAGAAUUAUUGAAAAAGUUAUUGUUGGUAGUCAUGAUUAUUAUCAACAAGAUGACCACACGUUUGAAGUACCUUAUAUUCGUGUAGGAGAGUCAAUUGGCCUUGUAUCUUUGGGUGGUGAACUAAUCAAUGCAGUUCGACAUGAGACAACAUCUCCUGUUAUUCAAGCAGAAACUAAAUUUAGUUCACGGAUUUAUUCAGGAUGUAAUUAUUCUCCAAAUAGACAAGUGUUUCUCAAUGGUACAAUUCAAGGAAGAAAUCCAUAUAUUGCUUGGGAUUUCUUUCAAUUAAAUUCUGAUUUCUCAGUAGUUGUUAUAAAUGCUACAGAAGAUGGAGUUGUGUUUAAUGCAACUCAUGAACGUACAACAAUAGUACUGCAUUAUCCAACAUCAAUUCAAAUACAUCAACAUUUUAGUGAAAUUUAUUUAACACUGGAAUAUAAAGGAAUACAAAAUUUUUUUAUGACAAAUAUUGCAUUAAACAAUAGAAGAGAUACUCUUACACAUCAAGACUCCACGUAUAUAGAAGAAAAUGUAACAACUAUAAUAUAUAAAGAGAAUGACCAUACCUUGCAUUUAAGAUGUCUUUUUAGUAGGUCUAUUAAAGCAUAUGCAAACAUUAUUUCAUUCUCAUUCAAUACUGACAUUGGAACUCAAUUUAUACUAAAAAAUGCUACACUUAAGCAUAGGAUUGAUUUUAUUCAACCAUCUUGUAACUUUUCUUCAACAGAUUGUUCAUUCACUGAGUGUACAACAAACAAUUCUUCAUUAUUUGAAGAGGGGUGUGUGCCUGAAUGUGGUAGUUGUAGAAGUGGUUAUAAAUGUUCUUCAGUAGGUAAAUGCGAGUUAGAACAAAACCAAAACACUAGAAACUGUUCUUUUUUGGUUAGGGCUGUACUUUUGUGUUUAGUUAUAAUGAUGAUAAUAGUUUAA